ACCCCGAUUUUCCUUCCUUUUAAGGUUUUAAACCUUCCGAUGCUAUUUGUUCUUCAGUAAUUUCCAUGGCAGCAUUUCUCUCCUGCCAUUACUUUCCUUCAAUUCUUUCCUCCCGACGUAUCUUCCCAUCGAUCUCGACUACAAGAGGAACCUGCUUGGGUAAUCAUCAGAGAUCUCUUUGGAUUCGGCGUUUCGGACCCAAGUGUUCUUCCGACAAACCUUCUCGGUUUCGGCCGGACCAUGAGCAGCAGAAAAGGAGGUCAUUCUCGUUUAAGGAAUGUGCAUUUUCUAUAGCACUGGCAAUCGGACUGGUUACAGGAGUACCUGCUUUGGCUUAUACGGCCAGUCCGGUCUUGCCUGAUGUUUCAGUGUUGAUCUCCGGUCCGCCGAUUAAGGAUCCAGGGGCUUUGUUGAGGUAUGCCCUACCCAUUGACAAUAAAGCUAUCAGGGAGGUUCAGAAGCCUCUUGAAGAUAUUACCGACAGUCUGAAGCUUGCUGGGGCCAGAGCUCUGGAUUCUAUUGAAAGAAAUGUGAAGCAGGCAUCUCGGGUUCUCAAGCAAGGUAAAGAUUUGAUUCUUUCAGGGGUUGCUGAGUCAAAGAAAGAGCAUGGCAAGGAAUUGCUUGACAAACUGGAAGUUGGUAUGGAGGAGCUUCAACAGAUUGUUGAGGAAAAGAAUAGGGAUGCUGUGGGACCUAAACAGAAGGAAUUGCUUCAAUAUGUUGGAGGUGUUGAAGAGGACAUGGUGGAUGGUUUCCCAUAUGAAGUGCCUGAAGAGUACAGAAACAUGCCUCUUUUGAAAGGAAGGGCAACUGUGGACAUGAAAGUUAAGGUUAAGGACAAUCCUAACGUGGAUGAAUGUGUAUUUCGUAUAGUUCUGGAUGGUUACAAUGCCCCGGUAACUGCUGGAAACUUCAUAGAUUUGGUGGAACGGCACUUCUAUGAUGGCAUGGAAAUCCAAAGAGCGGAUGGCUUUGUAGUUCAGACUGGAGAUCCUGAGGGACCUGCAGAGGAUUUCAUUGAUCCCAGUACAGAGAAGCCGCGUAAAAUACCAUUAGAAAUUAUGGUUGAUGGGGACAAGGCACCUGUAUAUGGUGAAACAUUGGAAGAGCUUGGUCGAUACAAAGCUCAGACAAAGCUUCCUUUCAAUGCAUUUGGAACUAUGGCUAUGGCCAGAGAUGAGUUUGAGGACAAUUCUGCUUCAAGCCAGGUAUUUUGGCUCUUGAAAGAAAGCGAACUGACUCCUAGUAAUGCCAACAUAUUGGAUGGUCGGUAUGCGGUAUUUGGAUAUGUAACAGAUAAUGAGGAUUAUUUGGCAGAUCUCAAGGUUGGAGAUGUUAUACAAUCCAUUCAAGUUGUCUCUGGCCUUGAUAAUCUUGUCAACCCAAGCUACAAGAUUGCAGGCUAAAUUUUCCUCUGAUCUUGGUAGCAGAUUUGUUGUUCAUAAGAGUUCAUGACUGGAGCACCAACUCCAGCACUUUUAAAUACAUUAAUGCUGUAAUGUUUGAUUUUGAGAGAUUAUUUAAUAUCAGACCUAGCAGUGUUAACAUUGGUA